AUGCUGCCUAUCUUCUGGGUCUCUGGCCGCCUAUGGGCUCAAAGCUUUUGCUCUCUCUUCGCUAUUAACUUCCGCCCUCUCCUUGCCUGCUUAUCACCCUACUUCUACAUUCUCCCAUAUGCGCUCCUCUUCCUCGAACUGUCUCUAUGCUGUAUCGGCUGCAUAUUCGGCUACUUGAACUAUGACUACUAUGCUUUUGAUACUAUUGAAUACGCUGGAUCCCUCCUCAACUGCGCUCAAUGGCGCCACUCUGAGUACAACAUUUUCGUACGUGGAACAAACGCCACUCUUCUCAUUCGUGUGCCUCCGGGCGCGAACGUUCGUUGGCUUGUGCAUCAACUGGAACGGCAACACGAGGUGCUCCGCAGAUGCGGUGAAGAAAGAUUGGUGUUUUCCUUGCUCUUCCUGGGGCGGGAUCUUGCUUUACGCCCGACGCAAGACCUUCGAGAGGCCGGGCUAGUCGAUUGCAGCACCAUCCAUCUGCGCUACCACCUCCUAGGUGGUGCACGCUUACGAGGAUCAUCGUCUCACACCCAACUAGACCCUCCGCCCAUCGAGCCGAACGCUGAAGCGGGUCCAUCCCAGCCUCGCACCGCGGUCUCAAUAGUGCAAUGCAUCAAAUGCGGCCGAGAGUACGGUAGUCAGCGCAAGCUGCACAUCCAUCAAGGCAGGGAUCCGGACUGCAACCGAGACGCCAACGACUUACGGGACGCAGCUGUUCGGACGCAGCGUGCUAGGGGGGCGCUUGCAUCGCGCCGAGAAAAACAUCUGGCUCGAAAGCUCGCUCGACAGGCCAGUACUGCCACUUCGCACCCCGAACCCGAGCCCACUCCUCCGAACUCCCCGGCGCCCAACGCCAUUGAGCCCGAGCCCAUGCUGCUUGAUAGCGCAGCACCUUUCCUCCCACCGCAUGCCGCAGAUCCCGAACCCAUGGACGUGGACCACCCCUUGGAACCCGAAGUGCGGAACGAGGAGCCCGGAGUGCACUUCGACAUCGACCAACCCGACAUCAGCAUCGGCAACAGCGAAGAAGGAGACGCAGACGCGCCCCUGGGUUGGGCGCUAGUGGAUCGGGCGCGGGCGCGGAGAGUUGGACAAGCAGCGCGUGGGCGAGUCGAUGCCGAGUUUGCAGAAGAGGAGGAUGAAGAGGUCGAGGACGAGGACGGCUGGGAAAGGAUGGGCGGUUGGGAGACUGACGACGGUGAUGACACGGAUGAUGGGCAGGAAGAAGAGGAUAGCGAGGAGGAGCCCAUUGCCAACGAUGACGCUGACUUGGGAGAAGGCAGCGACGACGACGCCGACUGGGAGGACAUACCCUGGCCACCACCACCACCUUCCCCAUCACCUUCCCCGCAUCCCUCGCCAACACCGCCACCUGGGGGCAACCUCCCGCCGCCUCCUCUACCCGAUCCACCCGAUCCGCCGUCUCCCGAUGGUACACCACCACCUGGUGGUGAUCACCCGCCACCUCCAGAAGACGAGGACGAUUUCCCACCACCUCCCGAAGACGAGGAUACGCCUGAGCCACCCGGAAGAAGGGUCGUUCCGUUCGGGCGUCGGGCUGGUGAGCCUAUCAACGGUGACGAGCCACCGGGCGACCCAUACAGCCAGUAUGAGGCGGGCCUUCCCAACGCAGGAGACCCAAGUAACGCUUACCAUCCGUUCGAAUCAAAGCUAAACUGGGAUAUUGCCGCCUGGGCAAAGACCCACAGCAUCGGUUCGAACGCAUUCACCGACUUGCUCAAGAUCGAGGGGCUUGUUGACCAGUUAGGUAUUCAGUUCAAGAGCACGCGGGAUCUGCAUAACGUCAUGGACAACGCGCUGCCUGCGCGACCCGCGUUCACGCGUCGGACUUACAAGUUGGGUAGCGAGGAGCUCCAUUUGUACAUGCGCAACUCGCUUGACAUCGUCAAGGAACUCUUUAGCCGACCGGAAUUCGCGACGUCCCUCGUCUUCGCGCCGGAGAGGCAUUAUGUGAUGGUUGGCGAAGUGGAAGAGCGAGCAUAUUCGGAUAUGCAUACAGGGAAGUGGUGGUGGAAGAUGCAGCUGCGACUCGAAAGGAGAAAGCCUGGCGCCACUAUCAUCCCCCUCAUCCUAUCCUCCGACAAGACGCAACUCACCCUCUUCCGCAACCGAUCAGCCUACCCCGUAUACCUCACAAUCGGUAAUCUGCCGAAGGAGCUUUGUCGCAAGACCUCCCUCCACGGACAAAUUCUCGUUGGUUACCUUCCGGUGACCAAGUUCCUAGGCGUCAAGGACGACGACCCUCUCCGAGACGUGGCGAGGGACGGCGUCAUCCUCACGUCUGGUGACGGUGUGCAGCGCCGCUGUCACCCUCUUCUCGCGGCGUUUGUGGGUGACUACCCCGAACAAGUCCUUGUUACGGGGACAAAGUACGGUCUAUGCCCCAAGGGCACCCUCGACCGGUCCCGCUUUGGCUUUCAAGACAAAUGCAAGCCGCAGGAUAUCGCCGCCGCUACCGAGGCGCUUCAUACACCCCACGACACCGACGUGCAGGCCGCCGACUUCGUUGCACGCUGUCAGGCCGCAGGCGUCAAACCCAUCCGGACCUUUUGGCAAGAUUACCCCGACAGCAACAUCUUCCAGGCAAUCCAACCCGACAUUCUCCACCAGCUGUACCAGGGCGUCGUGAAGCAUCUGAUUGCUUGGCUGAGGGCCGUGUAUGGCGACAAGGCGCUGGAUGCGCGUUUCCAGUGCUUACCCGCCAAUCACCAACUCCGGCUCUUCACCAAGGGGAUCUCCGGCCUCUCGCGCGUCACCGGAUCCGAACAUCAAGAUAUUUGCCGCGUGCUGUUGGGCGUCAUCAUAGACGCGCCCCUUCGGCGCAGCCGCAAUCCUCAUCGAGCUGCACGCGUCAUACGCGCUGUACGCGCACUACUCGACUUCGUCUACCUCGUGCAGUACCCGGAGGCCUCGGAGAGCACUUUGCGCGAUAUCCAGAAAGCGCUAAGGGCAUUCCACAACAACAAGAACGUAUUUAUCGACCUCAAGGCACGCGAACACUUCAACUUUCCAAAACUUCACGCCAUCGCCCACUACUACGACUCCAUUCGGCUAUUCGGAACCGCCGACAACUUCAACACGUCGUAUUCGGAGCGCCUUCACAUCGAUUUCGCCAAGUCCGCCUACCGCGCGUCCAACCGGAAGGACGAAUACCCGCAAAUGACCGUCUGGCUUCAGCGGCGCGAACAGAUUCAAGCCCAUCAAUCAUACGUAUAUUGGCGUCUCCACGGUCGGCCGACGCUCGAGGACCUACCACGCGCCCCGCUCCCUCGCGCGCCCAAGCUCAAGCGCAAGAUCGCCCGCACGCCCAAUAGAUCGGUGAACUUUGCAGACGCGGACAGGCUUUACGGCGCCGAGGAUUUCGAAUCGGUUCUCAAGCAGUACGUUCUGAAGAUCAAGCUCCCCACGCUCUCCGAUCAACACAUCGCCGACAUCGCAGCGACCGCAUACACGCUCCCGUUCACAUCGGUCUGCGCCUAUCACCGCCUCAAGUUCUGGCACACGGACGCUCUGGAACGUGAGGGAGAGUGGGUUCAAGAACUCCCCGACUCAAUCUUGGCCCGACCGGCUUAUCGUGACGCCCAAAGGAGGAAGGUGCAGGGACAGUACAGCACGGCGCUGAUAGACGAGUAUGGGGAAGGAGGUUCUAACGGAGUAACCGGAUAUCGCGUUGGCCAAGUGAGGCUUAUAUUCGCACUUACUGAAACGGCAAGAAAGAAGACGUUCAACGACCCUACCGGCAUCCCCACCCACUUCGCGUACAUCGAAUGGUUCUCGUCCUUCCCCGCUCGUGGCCCAGAUAAGCGCGGCAACAUGUACCGCGUCGACCGCUCGGUACGCGACGGCGAGCGCGUGGUGUCCAUUCUCCCUAUCGACCGUAUACGCCGUAGCGUCUCCCUCACCCCCAAAUUCGGAGCCAAGUGGUUGAGGCGUGGGAAGACGCGACUCGCGUCGCCGAACCUCGCCGCGCGUUUGGCGUUGUUGUUCCUCAACACCCACCACCACCACAACAACAUCGAGAUCACCGGGUUCUCGUCCUUUGGGUUGUCCCUUGGGCGAGUUCUCUUUAGGUGUCGUGAUAGCGUAGUGGAUAUACCCGCCAGCGUCAAAAUGGCGAACCCGCCCGCUCCGGCAAUCGGCGCUGCACCCGCAGCUCCCGCGAGGAAGCUUCCUCGCUUCAAGAAGAAGACCGCGGAGCAGAAGGCUGCAGAGGAGAAGGAAGCAGAGGCCGCGAAGGCCUCUCAGGAACAGUGGUUCCCAUCCUCGUCCUCGCGCAUGCGCCACCCGAAGUCUGCGCCUAGCUCUGAGCGCUCGAGCCAGCGCUCAGCCCCACCCCCUCCAGCCUCCCCACCCCAACCCUCCGCCGAGCCAACCCCUUCGGCUCAGUUGCAGCCCGCACCCGCGCCGCUGCGCCGCCCUCCGCAGGACUUUUCCGCCGCUGCGCGCUGGGGAGAGCUCGUGGUGCUCGCCUACGGCACCACGUACAUACCACCGAACGCGCAUGGGAGGCGCAUGGUCGGGCACGUUCACCGCGAUGCGCGCUGGGGCAUCUUCGACUUUUGCCUGCAUCCCCAGCCGAACGACCGCUCGUCGGCGCACAUGGCGUGCAUUCCGGUGCCGCCCAACCGGAGGACCGUAAACGACACGUUGCCCUUCCGCGCGCCCACGAAGGAGGAUCUGGAGGAGGCUCUGCAUAGGCACCCAGACCUCGAAGAUGUCUACAACGACGGCAUCCCAUCGGCGUCCGACUGCGUGUGUCGGUGGGACGUACACGAGCAGUUGAUCCCGCGUGUGAACGCGCUCAGGGAUCAGUUCGCCACUGCGACACGGCUCCUAGCGAGCGCCUUGGUCACCGACUCGCUCUCCGGACUUCAUCUCGAAGUGGCCAAGGACCUGGUCAUCCCGACCGCCGCGGCCCUCGAUAUGCGCAAGGCGUGGGGUCUGCUGCGGUACGGCCGGAUCAGAUCGUUCGCCGACUUUGCCGUCUGCUGGGAAGCCUUCCGGCGGUUCUCUUGCGAAGUCGAGGGCUUCAUCUUGCUCUGCACGGGACUUCUCCGAGAGGUCGACGACGACGAUACGAAGGCGUGGCUGCGUGCUCAAUGA